CCCUCCUUUUUUUUUCUUUCUUUCUUUUUUUUUUUUUUAAUUUUUUGGCACAACUUCCCUCGUUCCCCUCCGCUUCGCCUAGUUUCGCUCUAUGGACAGAUCAGCAAACCUGGACGCGGAGGAGCUCAAGAUGACACGAGAGCAGUAUAUAUUAGCAACACAGCAGAACAGCCUCCCAAGGACUGAAAAUCCUCAGUUUUAUCCAGUAGGGAUUUAUGGAUGGCGAAAGAGGUGCUUAUACUUCUUUGUCCUUCUGCUGUUGGUUACCAUGAUUGUUAACUUAGCAAUGACAAUAUGGAUUUUGAAGGUUAUGAAUUUCACAGUGGAUGGAAUGGGAAAUUUGAGAGUCACUAAAAAAGGAAUACGACUUGAAGGAAUAUCUGAAUUUCUACUUCCACUAUAUGUGAAAGAAAUCCAUUCCAGAAAGGAUAGCCCACUGGUCUUACAGUCUGACAGAAAUGUAACAGUGAAUGCAAGAAAUCACAUGGGGCAGUUAACUGGACAACUGACAGUAGGAGCUGAUGCUGUGGAGGCCCAGUGUAAGAGAUUUGAAGUGAGAGCAAGUGAAGGUGGAAAAGUAUUGUUUUCUGCAGAUGAAGAUGAGAUUGUCAUUGGAGCUGACAGACUCAAAGUAACAGGCACAGAAGGGGCAGUGUUUGGGCACUCUGUGGAGACACCCCAUAUCAGAGCAGAACCUUCCCAAGACCUCAAACUUGAAUCUCCUACUAGAUCUUUGGUGAUGGAAGCACCCAGGGGAGUGCAAGUCAAUGCAGCUGCAGGAGACUUAAAGGCUACCUGUAGGAAAGAACUGCACUUACAAUCCACAGAAGGGGAGAUAUUUUUAAAUGCCGAUACAAUCCGCCUGGGAAAUCUACCGACAGGUUCCUUCUCGUCCUCUCCACCUAGCUCCUCAGCUCCUCGCCAGACUAUCUAUGAGCUCUGCGUCUGUCCUAAUGUUCUGCUCGGUUUCCCUUGUGACAAGUUCGACGCUUCAAACGGCCUGCAGAGCAACUUCUUCCAGUGUAAGCAGGAAUACAGCGCUGCCUUCUCUCGUGGUUUAUGGUACCACUCAGCGUAGAGAUGGGAGUGAGAUAUUCAGCAUGUAUUCUUCAUCAGGAAACCUGGAUCAUAAUAUCACCUUUUGUCCAAAAGGGAGAAUAACACAGGUGCCUUUGCUACAUGAAGUGAAGCACAUACUUUUAGAUUUUUGCAGGACCUGGAUAUGAACUGCACAUAUAUAUACAGUACAUAUACAAAUUUGCCCAGAUUCCAAUGGUGAGAUGAAUUGGUAACCCCUGUAUGUUAAAUAACUUUACUGUCUGAAAGCACAAUUUUCCAUUCAUCUUUUUGGAUGUAAACUUUUAUCCCUGAAUUUUAAAAUUUUGAAGCAUUGUGUGAUGCUUGCUUUACUAAACAAUUAAAUUCAGUAAAUGGUUUUUAACACAAAAAGAGACAGAAUCCCUCACUCAGUUUCAUUUAUUUCAACGAAGUGUGUUGUUACUCUUUGUCUACUAGGUCUAGGGUUUUGUACACUAGGUAAAUUUUGGAAGUGCUCAGCAAUAUCAACUUUCAGAGUUAAAAAGACAUCUGCUCUUGUCUGUCAGAUCUGAAUGGCCUUAUAUAGUAAUUUUGUGGCUACUGCACGUGAAGUGAUUGCUUUAAAUAGAACAUGCAGUUUCUGGAAAAGAAGAACAGGGUAAAGAUGGAAAUACUGAUGGUGUGCUUGUUGAUCAGUUUGUUGUUCUUCACAAGGUAUACACAAUUAGCAAAAGCAAAAACAAGCAAAAAUCUUCAAAGGUACAUCUUGUCCAUUUUCUAGCUAUGUCUACCUGCUGCCAUUUGAACACAGUAAAAAAAUCAGUACUAAAGUCAUGUGUGAUGCUGCGAAGCAAUGCACUAACAACCGGAAUGACACAUUUAUUAUUCUUUUCUCCUUACCAUCUGCUGCUAAGGUUUUCAAAGUAAUAGUAAUAAAUACAGAUAUAAACCUAUAUUAAAUGAAAUUCAGUAUCAAAAAGUAUGUUUACAUUAUGUUGACUUUAUCAGGUCUAUGUUUAAAUUAUGCAGCCCCGUUUGCACUCAGAUCUCACUGCUUACUUUCUUUUUUGACAAGUUUCAUGUGGGAUUUCUUUCUUGUAUCAAUUUUUAUUACUCGUUUGGCUUUGUUGGUAACUGAACUCCUGUAAGAGAUGCUUUGGUAUGCUGCUACUAAGUUUAUCACAACAUUGAUUAACAAGAAUAUCUUGAAACUUGCAGAACCCAGGAAUGUAAAACAGUGUAAAAAUCUUUCCCAUUGUGGAAGAUGGCUUGAUUACAUAAGGUAAGUGAGCUUUUUAAUAUUAUCCUUUAAAUCACACCAUCUAGCAUGUAGCUUUAGAGGUUUCUGAAAAUAGGAUUACCAGUGCAAUGACGACUUUUAUAAGAUAACUCUUAAGUUAGGGUGACCAGUGCAAGGUGAGUAUUUCUACACAGUAUGUUUUUCUUUAGAGGAAAAAAAAACAUGAAAAUGAGCAAACUAAUAUGAUGAUAAUCUUUCUAUUUUAUUACCAGCUAACAAGGUUGAUUUUGUUUUCACUUCAGGUGAAAUUCACUCCUAUGCAGAAGACCAGCACAAGACAUAGCCACGGCUUGACUGGUGCUUGCCUUUCCGUUGGCCCUCUUCAGAGGUGUGAAUUUCACUCCCUAGCAAGAAUUGUAUACUUGCUGUUUCUGCCAGUUGGCAGAGCUUCUGCACUGAUUAUUUCAUCUGUACAAAAGAAGGCUAUUAACAACUGAUUUGCUAGUUCUUUGAGAGUAUCAUUCUGUCACUUGGAAAGAAACAUAUUAGAAAAUAAUAUUAGAGAUAUACUGGAAGCCUUUUUUUUUUUUUU